AGUAAACAUUAGAUAUAUGCAUACUUAUAUAGGUAUAUGCAAAUACUUACGUAGGUUUCAUCGAAUCUACCAUAUCCGAAUGAAUAGUGUGGAAUAAACUUUUCGUUUCUGAAGGAUAAAAGGAUAAGAACGAAAAAGGAAGAAGGAGGAGGAGGAUCAGCGUACUCGGUUAUUAUGCGAUCGACAUAGCUUGAAAACGAUUAAUACUAUUGUUAUGAUUCAGAGAUACAUCGUGACGUAGACGUAUACACUUAAGCACCGAUCUAUCCCACUAGUAGAGUCGUUCGAAGUAGUCGUAAAGAAGGGAGAUCUUCUCAGUUUGCGUCUAAGUAGCGCCGAACUCGCUACCGAUUGUAGAAAUUUGUAGGUGUGGGUAUUGUGUUAAUGUGCGAAAUGAAGAAAAUGUGCUAACAUUAGAAAAUUCAAAUUGAUUGAUUAACGUAAUGUCGCGAGAUAACUCAGGAUCUAUCGUUAAAUCUAAAAGCGUAACAAGUUUAGAUCGUAUAGAAUACGAGAAGGGGGCGAAAAAUUAUCCGGAAGAACUUGUAAUCGGUAAAUCGAAUAAAUCAACGCAAAGUGAUAUAUCUCAAUCAAAUUGGAGACAUAAAUCUUAUUACAGUGGAUUGCAACAACAACAACAACAACAACAACAACAACAACAACAACAACAACAACAACUGCAGCAGCAUCAGCAACAGCAACGUUCGACGUCUACGUUGCAUUUGCCGAAGCAUAAUCAAUAUCAGAUAAGCGAAUCGAAUUUUUCCAAUUACAAUCCAAAAAAUAACACGCUUAACUCGGCGCAAAGCGAAUUGAUAUUAUCGGCUAAAAACAGAGCGAGCAAAUAUGUCACGUUGGAUAUGCGAUCGAGCAUUCCAGGAAUACCUCCACCCUCCCAUUUUUAUCUGCCUUCAAAUUCGAACAAUUAUGCUGGUACAUCUGGGGGUAUUGUACAACCUUGUAACACGUGUUGUUGCUCCUGCACUGGAUCGCAAAUUUCUCAUACGAAUGUACCACUCGUUACAACCCCUUCGAUCGAGGAACAGGACGGACCGCAAGGACUUUCCUGGAGAAGAUUGCACUUGAGCAGAGCAAAACUAAAAGCAACCGCGACUACGUCCGAACUUUUAAGUGGUUUUGCAAUGGUUGCAAUGGUAGAACUACAAAUAAAUGAUCCAACUGCGGUACCGGAAUGGCUAUUCGUUAUGUUUGCGGUUUGCACGACGGUAUUGGUAUCAGUGCACAUCUUUGCAUUAAUGAUAAGCACGUAUCUUUUACCAAAUGUCGAAGCUAUAAGUAAAUUACAAGUGUCGCGUCUGGUAACAGAAUCCCCGCACGAAAGAAUGCGCGGCUUCAUCGAAUUGGCCUGGGCAUUUUCUACAGUAUUAGGAUUGUUUUUAUUUUUAGUAGAAGUAGCGAUACUUUGUUGGGUCAAAUUUUGGGAUUAUUCCUUCACCGCUGCUACUGCCAGUACUGUUAUAGUAAUACCUGUACUUAUAGUAUUCGUAGCCUUUGCCGUUCACUUUUAUCAUUCCCUCGUUGUUUACAAAUGUGAAACAUCGAUAUCGGAUAUGAAAGAAUUAGAAAGUAUCAAGCGAAACUUGGACAAUGCAACAAUCAAUCAUUCUACGGUGUAAUAACGAAUGCUAAUAGAUAAUCUAUUUUUUUUCUUUUCUUUUAAACAACGAAACUCUUUCCGACUUAUUUCUUUUUUUUUUCUUUUUUUUUUUUUUUUUAUAGAACCGAGUUAAAUGUUCCUAUCGAAUCUAAUAAUUCCAUUUUCGAGAACGAUCGUUUCUAAACGU